AUGCGCCAAUCAACUUUGUACCCAUUUUUAUGCCUUUGGGGGCUUGCUGAGAGCAUUGACCUCUCUUCGAAACGAGGACUUGCAUACCAUGGAGAUGACCACAAAUCAGAUAAUGAGCUCCUGAUCUCAAAUAAUUCUGAGAUCGCAUGGUAUUAUACCUGGUCGCUCUGGCCAAACGGUCAAAUCGGGAGUUCCUUACCUUUUGUGCCAUUGAUUCACGGUCUCGACGAUGCAUCAGAUUCUGAGCUCGAGUCGCGACUAAAUGGGCUUCCCGAAUCAACAACCCAUCUUCUUACCUUCAACGAGCCGGAUGGCGAAACAGACACCGGCGGAAGCGCAAUAUCUGCAAAGGAUGCAGCACGCGCUUACAUAGAGCACAUCGCCCCUCUAAGAAAAGCAAAGCGCAAGUGGUCAAUCAGCCAUCCCAGCGUUACCGGCUCACCACGCGGUCUUGAAUGGCUACGCGACUUUAAUGAAUCCUGCUACGACAUUGACGACGAUGGUUGUCCGACAGAUUUCGUCGCUGUGCACUGGUACGGCGACGCAGGUGGUCUUAAAAAUUGGCUCGGAAGUUUGCGCGAGUUUUACAAUGAGACGGCGCCUGACGCACGGUUCUGGAUCACGGAAAUGGCCCUCCCGCAAGAGGAUGACGACGCGACGCUAGCUAUGAUGAAUGAGAGUCUUCCAUAUCUUGACGAUAACGAUGAUGUGCAGGCUUAUGCAUGGUUUGGAGCAUUUAGAAAAGAUGAUGCGAAUGAGUGGACUGGAGACAGCGUGUCGCUGUUUGAUGAUGAUGGGGGUUUGACUAAGUUGGGUGCGGAGUAUUUGGGUGGUGAAGAGAAGGGUUUUGAGGAGGGAAUGUCGGCGGGCAGCUUACAGGCGCCCUCGCUGGGUAUCAUGCUGGCCAUGAUCCUUAUGUCACUAUAUUAUGAGAAGCCGCAUCGGUCACCUUUUCGCGUGAACUUUACUCUCUAA